AUUUCAUCCAGCAACUUCAAGAAGAACUCAACAGAAAACUUUUUGACAACUUAAUAUCUUUUCUGAAGAAGUCACACCUAGCUUUUCAUGAUGAAAGAAAUGGUUGGAGUUGUAGAGUGAGAUCUAGUGAAAUCCCCACUGCUGCUCUUCUGCUUGGUGUCAACGUCACCGACCAUGAGCUUACAUUUGAAAGCCUCUCAGAGAUUCUUAAUGAUCAGGUUACUCCAUUUGUGGUCUUACUGCAAGCCAAGGAAUGUCCAGGAAUCAAGUAUCUGCUUCAGAAACUGCUCUCACAACUCAUGGGAUGCAGUGCAGACUUGGACCUUGAUGAAGAGGAAGAGUAUGCAGCAGUGUCUCAGAGGAAAAUGAACUGCUCUAUGGCAUCUCUGUGUAGCUGGUAUCAAAAGGCUACAAAGAAAUCCAUUUCUCCCAAAAAAAAAGAGAUCAUUGUCCCCAGGACAUUGGCAGGCACCUCCGGUGGUUGUGGUGUUUAAAGAUCUUGAAAGCUUCUCCGCUAAGGUUCUGCAAGAAUUUAUCGUUAUAAGCAGCCGGUAUAUUAAAGAAUUGCCAUUAGUCCUGGUAUUUGGUAUUGCCACGUCUCCAGUGAUAAUUCACAGGCUCCUGUCCCAUUCUGUAUCCUCACUGCUGUGCAUAGAACUCUUCCAGUCCUUAUCUUGCACAGAACAUUUGGCAACAGUUGUUGAUAAGCUUCUCAUCUCUAAUAGUUUUCCAUUUAAGCUUAGUGGAAAAGUCUUGCAAGUCCUGAUCACUAUAUUUUUGUACCACGAUUUUUCAGUGCAAAAUUUCAUCAAAGGCCUUCAGCUGUCAUUAGUAGAGCAUUUUUACUCCCAACCGCUUACUGUUUUGUGUUGUGACCUUCCAGAGAUGAGGAAUCGUGUGAAGAACUUAACGCAUAAUCAAUGUGAAAACAUUCGUCAUUUAGCAUCUUUUAUGAGGUAUGUUGAAAAUCAGACACCUGAAAUACAAGUGAAGCUUCUUACGAAAGACGGUUAUUUAAAAGAAGUAACACAAACAUUUCUGGAAAAUUUGCACUCCUACCAUGAGAAUUACAUUCCAGUGUUAAGAUGCCUCCAUCAUUUUACAUGUAUCCUCCCCAAAUAUCCCUUGGGAAAGCAGAUCAGAGAACUUUACUGUGCUUGUCUGGAAAAGAAAGUUUGGGAAACUGAAGAUUACAUUUCAGCUUUGCAGCUUCUUAGGAUGUUGGCAAAAGAUGAACUUGUGGCCACACUUCAAAAGUGUGUGGAAGUUUUAAAACCAUAUUCUGCAAAGCAACUUGGCAGCACUCUGAAAAAGCUGGAGGAGUUUCUGGUUCAAUUCCAGUGUUCUGAAGGAGAACAUUUGGAAAAUAUGGAUGAUGAAGAGAGUGCAGCACAAAAGGGCCUGCAGAAGAAGAUAGACCUCUAUAACCUUCAAAAGACUUUGUUAGAAAUGAAAGAAACAAGAAGAACAAAGAAACUAAGCAGGUUUGAAUCUUUGCGACUCGAAGUCACAGACUUUCUGGAUAGUCUUGUAAGGGAUUAUUUGGCACCCCCCGAAACACAGCCUUUGUAUGAAGUUGUAUAUUUUAGUGCUGCAAGCAUUCUCCGCAAACACCUUAAUGCUGUACCACGUAUCGCCCUUCACACAGCUCUGAACAAUCCUUCAUCUUACCUGAAGUCUUUGGAAAGUGAAGGAGGAGCCUUAACCAGCACAGCUCCAGAUGUUUGCAUUGCAUACAAGCUGCAUCUUGAAUGUGGACGACUUAUUAAUCUCUAUGAUUGGUUAGAGGCAUUUGCAACAGUUGUCAACACUAAUGAUGACAGUGACAUGGAUUCCCUACAGCCAGUGGAUGAAAUGACUCAUGCUCGUUUUAUCAGGGCUGUCUCAGAGUUGGAACUCCUAGGCUUUGUAAAGCCCUCAAAACAGAAGACUGAUCAUGUGGCACGUUUGACAUGGGGCGGAUGUUAA